CUUAUAUUCAGUAGCGUAAAAGCCACAUCACGUUAUAUAUUAAAAAUGAAUACGAAAAGAGGAUCCAUUGGUGGCUGUGUUCUUUGCAUUUUAAUUUUUUCUGCCUAUUCAUUAGGACAAAACCUAACAGCAGCUCAGAAUGCAAAAGACGAUCAUCUACAGUACGCAAGUUCAAAUUUUACAUCGAUCUCCGCAAGUUAUGGAUACAUAUCCGAAGAACACACGGUGACAACAGAAGAUGGAUACAUACUAACCAUGUUCCGUAUACCGAAGGGCAAACGCUGUCUCGGUUCUGUAAGGCAGCCUCCAGUUUUACUGAUGCAUGGAUUCCUCUUAAAUUCUGACUCCUGGACGGACGCCGGCCCGACGGCCAGCCUUGCCUACCUGUUACCCGACGCAUGUUACGACCUUUGGCUAGGAAACGUACGAGGAACUGACUACGGAAGGCGACAUGAGCGACUCGAUCCAGAUACAGAUUCAGAGUUUUGGAAUUUUACGAGCAAUGAAAUGGGUAAAUACGACAUCCCCUCUUUCAUCGACUAUAUCUUGAACAGAACCAGUUCCACUGAGCUCAUCUAUGUUGGAUAUUCGCAGGGGGCUCGUAUACUUCUUAUUAUGUGCUCCGAAACGGUAUACUGCAAUAAGAUAAAAUUAUUCAUUAGUUUGGCGCCAGCUGUUAGGUUGCGGUACACCAGGUCAUUACCGUUCAGACUGUUGGUAAAUUUUUACGAAUUAAUAUUACCAUUGCUGACGAAUCCUAAUGAACUAGAAGUUCUACCUAAAGGUGGACUUAUUCAAAGUCUGGCAGCGUAUUUUUGCAGAGAUUACAUAGCCGCCGCUACUAUUUGUAAGCUAGCUUUAAAUCUGAUCGAUUCCUAUGACCCUCUCUCCGUUUUGACUCAAACAGCAAGAGUGUUAUUUGGACACACGCCCGCUGGUUCUUCAGCACGGAAUGUUGCUUUUUAUUCUCAGAGCUUCGCUCAAACGUUUAAUAAGUAUGAUUACGGAGCAGACAAAAAUCUCGAAAUUUACGGCAGCGUGGAGCCGCCUCAGUAUGCGCUCAAUCGCACCACCAUACCUGUAGUACUGAUUUACGGCAAAAAUGAUUACCUUGUAGACACAAAAGACGUGAUGUGGCUCUCGACUCAACUGCCGAAUGUGCUAGAAACUUACCAAGUAAGAAGACCAACAUGGAACCAUCUAGAUUACACUUACAGUCAAUUCACUCCGUUACAGAUUUUUCCUAAAAUAAAUAAAUAUUUUCUUAAAUAUACUGACAAGGUAUUAUCAAGUAACGGAUAAAUGUUACGGACUUUUACGGCUUUUAAAAAAAACAACGAAUUGUCAUUUUAUCUACAUGUUAAUUUUUCUAUCUACAAACCAUAAUUCUUAGUUGAAGUAACC